AUGUUUGAACAUGGUGUGGAGAAGUAUGAAUACAAAUGUCAAAUUUGUGAACUGAUUUUUAACAAAUUGGAAGACCUUCGUCAACAUUCUGUUGAUGUCCACAAUUCAGGAGAUCAGUGCAGAAUUUGCUGGUUGUUGUUCAAAUCCAAAGAUGAUCUUCAAGCUCAUAUGGAUCACCAUGUUGAAACCAACACUGCACUACCUUGUGAAAUUUGUGGCAAAUAUUACAGAGAUAAGUUUAGUCUGAAGCUUCACAUAAGAAGCCAUACUGGAGAAAAGCCAUUUGAAUGCCCAAACUGUCCUGAAAAAUUUACGGCAAGGAUGUACUUGUUUCGGCACAUUGAGUCAAAACAUGUUAAAGAGACUCCAUAUCAUUGUGAACUUUGUAAUGUGUCUUUUAAAACUAUAAUCCAACUACGAAGUCAUGUGAAAACUAAGAUGCAUGUGCACAAACCUUUCCAAUGUACAGAGUGUUCCAAAUCAUUUGCUCUACAAACAUACUUGACUGUGCAUAUGAGAAUUCAUAAUGGUGUUAAACCUUACUAUUGUCCUAUCUGUUCACGAGGCUUUGUUCAAGUUGCAAAACUUCUGGGUCUUCAUUAUCGAUCUCACACUGGUGAACGACCUCACGAAUGUGACAUUUGCAACAAAACAUUCAUUUUGAUGUCACAUCUUCGUGCACAUGAGCUGACACAUCUUGAAGUUCGUCCAUAUUCAUGUUCUUCUUGUUCUAAAAGUUUUAUUUGUCAGAGAAGGUUAAAUGAACAUCUGCGAACACAUGAAAAGGAAAAGAUGCCACCAAGAAGAACCUUCACGUGUACCGUCUGCUCAAAAACUUUCCAACAGCAAACGUAUUUGACUAUACACAUGCGUACACACAAAAAUGAACGUCCUUAUUCUUGCCCAGUUUGUGGAAAACGAUUUGGUCAAAAUGGAAAUAUCAAUCAAACUCUUAAAACGCAUCUAGACGAGUUUCACAAUGCUGAGAACCCUUUCGAGUGUAGUCUUUGUCACCGACGAUACUCUGAUCAAUCAAACCUGGAAUAUCAUGCUAAAACUCAUCUGGAGAAACCUUUAACCUGUUCACACUGCGAUAAACGAUACAGUAAUUUAAAAUCCUUACAGAAUCACAUGACGCUACAUCGAGACGAAAACGAAUACGAAUGUAAAAUUUGUGCCAAGAAUUUCAUAAUCAAAGGCAACUUAACAAGACAUCUAAAAUCUCACAAUACUGUCAGUGAUUCAUAUAAAUGUGUGGAUUGUGAAGAAAAAUUUGAAAAUAAACUGAAUUUUUUGGAACAUGUCAAAAUUCACAAAACUGUCUCAUUGGGACAAAAUAUUUAA